AUGUCAAAAUAUAUUCUUGAUAAAACAAUUGAUAUUCAACCACUACUUAACAUGAAAAAUCUUUUACAAAGGAUUUUAACCGGAGUAGAAGAUGAAAUGGAUGAAAUAGAAGGAAUGGCGGCGGUUCAAGCCUUUGAAGUUAAAGAAUCCACCGAACACCGCAAAAAAUUCCAAGAUAAAGGUCAAACCCAACUUUUAAAAGGUUUGGUUGAAACAGUCAAUGUCGGCAUAAGAGGUUAUAAUGCCACUAUUGCUAAAAUUCCAGGUUGUAGCCGUUGGUCUGAAAUCGACCCAAAUCAAUCAGUAGCAGAGUUAGCCGAAAGUGGCGGUUCAUCCCUUACCGUUGGUCUCGUUGAUGAUGGUCUUAAAUUUAUUCGACGAGUAGUAAUCCCUAAAAUCCAAGCUGCGAUAGGUUCAGUUGAAUUUGCUGUCGACCACUUGAAAGACUUGAUGACUAGCACAGCAAUCAGUGGUCUAGCUGCCGAAGUCGGAGACCUUAAAGAUGGACAAGCCAAACUCAAUGCCAAAGUUGAUGCACAAGGCAAACUCAUGAAUAAAUGA